UCGCCUAUAUAAAUCCUACCCUUCAUUGCUUUGAAAUUACACAAACACAAACACACACAGUGAUGGCAAAAUCCAAUGGCGAAGCCAAACUAACCGAAUCCGUGGAAGAAUGGUACAAAAACUUCGGGUCAGCAAGGCAAAAAGUUACGAAGCUUCACUUCUAUUUUCAAGACGUCAAUGGUGGAUCGGAUCCAACAGUUUUAAAGGUGGUCGAGCCCACUGCUAAUUCAGCCACAUCCUUUGGCCAAGUUAGCAUGGUCGAUGACUUAGUAACGGAAGGGCCUGAGCCCGAUUCCAAGAAAGUGGGUCGAGCUCAAGGAACUAUAGGAUUUGCAGAUUUGAAUGAUACCGCAUUGCAAAUGGUUCUAAACAUCGAGUUCACUGAAGGAGAAUAUGCGGGCAGCACUAUUAGUAUCCUAGGAAGGAAUCAAAUAUUUCAAGAGUAUCGUGAACUGCCGAUCGUCGGUGGGACUGGUGUUUUUCGACUCGCACGUGGCUCGGUCGUGACAAAUACUUACUCUUUUGACACUGACACCAAAAAGGGUGUUUUAGAAUACACUCUCUUUGUGGUUCAUUAUGAAGCUUGUGCUUAGAACCAUAUUCAAUUGUCUUUAAAAGUUACUAAGUUUCGCUCAAAGAUUAUAUUUGACAAAAUAAGUAACUUUGAGUUACAUUUAAGUGAAGUCAAAUAUUUGUGCUUGUAACUCUUUGAAUUUCAUGCUUUUAAAUGUUUGUCAACUCUUAACUUGUUUAGCUCAAAUAAUUGUGUUAAUUUAAUCAUAUUUCCAA